AUGCAGGGAGACGACGGAGGCCGUGACUUGCAGACGCAGUCGUUCCGGGCGCACGAGCAUACGGACGCACACAUGGCGGCGGUGGACCGCCAGAUGAAGAUUGCGGCGGGAAUCCGCGAGGGGCAGCAGGUGAUUUCGGACUUCAUCAACUCCGACGUCGAGGGCCGCCGCGCGAUACGGCUGAUGCGGUCGACUCAGUUCCUGUGCCAGUGCGACGCGCCGAUUAGCAUGUUUCCUAAGCUGAUGCGGCAUCUUGCGGAGCAGGACACGCCAGACAUUCCCCGGCAGUCGUACGGCGUUUAUCUCACGCGUGAGGCGUUGGCUGUGAAGGAAGCCGCUGACUCAAACCCGGAUCUCGGCAUGGUCGACAAGGUGGUGCGCACUGUGGCGACUCUGCUCGGAAACUCCCGCGUGUGGAGUCAGCGGUUCAAGUACCUGCAGCGUGUGAUUUACAAGACCAACCUGGAAGUCCAAGGCAUCCACACGGUGCGGUGGCUGUCUCGAGGAGAUGCGGUGGCCAGGCUGUGCAAGCUGGACGUGACUGAGAUUGCGAAGACGAUCGAGUCCACAACGAGUGACCUGACGGAGCGCUACUUGACGCCAAAGAAAGCUUUCGGGGGCGAAGGGAAGAGCUGGCUGGUGAACUUCCUCAAAGUCCACAAGGAGGGUGGAGGCAAGCAGGUCCGGGUGCGCGGCGUGGACGGUGCUGGACGCCCGAUCAACCACCUGUACACCAUGCAUGAGCGGAAGCUGAAGGGGCACAAACACGGAAGCACCUACGCAGACUGCGUGAAGCUGUUCCGCAAAUUCGCCCGUGACUGCGUGGACAACCUCAACAGCCGACUGGAUGACCUUGGGAAGCUGGGGCCGACGAAGCUGUUCCGGGCGGGGAAGUGGCCGAAGAUCAAGGCCCAGCGAGAGAAGAAGUGUAAGGAGUGGCUGAACGGAUGCAGCAGGCUGUUCCGCAACAAGCUGCCGGGAUUCGACCUCAAAGCAGCAGAGAGGGAGCUUCCAACCUUCUGCGCGAUCAUGGAGGCACACCAUGAGAUGGAGAGCUUCACCCAGGGCCUGUCCAACUUCCUUGGGAGCGCAGACUCCAAGAGCUUGAAGCUGGCUGUGGCAGAGAGGGAGAGGAGGGGGAAGCAGAAGGAGGGUGAAGAUGUGGCUGCUGGAAAUGCCGGGGAGAAUGAGGAUGAGGAGGAGGACGAUGAAGUGGAACAGGCCUUCGGCGACGAUCAGGAGAUCGUGGGGGAGGAGGAAGCAGAGGACAAUCCAUUCCUGUCGGACGAUGAGGAUGUGGAGGAGGUGUACUUCAUAGACAAGCCCGUGCACUAG